UGUUGUUAACGGAGAAUCUGUCAGUCGAUAUUAACUAAUUAAUAAGAUAAUUUAGAUUGCAUCUUGAUAUAAUUAAAAUCUUUUUUUUUUCUUCAUAUAAUCAAUGUACUAGAGAGAUGCAUUGGGUAUGUACAAGAAGAUCGGUCAGAGAAGUAUCAAAUCAACAGCUUCUUAAAAUUGCAUGUUAUUUUUUGGUUUGUUUGAGCUGUCAGAGAGCUUAUUAUUGUCUGUUUGCAAUUCAAAGCCACUCUAAUAAAAAAAUGCACGCAUUUUUAUAUGUCAAAACACUAGUUAAUUCCAAUGGGAUUGUCAAUCUUCUCUAAAAUGUAAAGUUAGAAGGCAAGAUCAUUAGGCAAAAUCUGUCAUAAUGAAGCUUAGUAUUUGGGACAUGUUAUCUACAUGGCCGCAUCAUGGUGGGAAGAAGAAAGCAGCAUCAGUGCUUCUUGGCUUCGGUUUUUUUCUUGGAGCUUCCGUACUUGUUCUUACGGUUAGUAGCUUCAUGUUCCCAUCUAUUUUUCCUACACUAAGUAAUCCUUUGCUUGAAGACAAUCUCGACGGAUACUAUCUCAAAUUUGGAUCUCACAAUUGGCAUCACUCUCCAAGUAUUACGACUUUUAUUACUCCGGCAAGAGAUUCCACUACCUUGAAUAAUCAAACGGAAACAUACGGUACGAGAAACAUUACUGAAAACUCAAGUGCUGGAAAAUUGGUGGAUACGGGGGAGAAUUUUGUUUCAAGUACCAUUGCUCCGCCAGGGAACUCCACUGCAGAAAACAUUUCCGCAAACUCAAAUGUUGAUGUUGCUGGAAAAUUGGUAUAUGCUGCGGAGGAGUCUGUUCCUCCAAGCUCCACAAACUUUUCUAGUGAUUGUGAUAUUUUUGAGGGGGAAUGGGUAAUGGUCAAAGAUCGAAAACAGUAUUAUGAUCCUGGAUCGUGUCCGUACCUGGAGGGACAAGCUUUUGAUUGUCAUGGUAAUGACAGACUUGACGAUGAGUACAUAAAACGGCAGUGGCAGUGGCAAUCUCACCCAAGAAAUGCAGGUUGCAAGAACAAUAUACCAAGCUUCCUCAAUGCAACCGAUUUCCUAGACAGAAUGAGAGGAAAGAAAUUAGUUUUUGCAGGAGAUUCUUUGAAUAGGAAUAUGUACAUGUCUAUGGUGUGCAUACUCUGGAGCGCAAUUCCGGACAAGAGCAGAGUUGUUAGGCCAUCAGGAGAUUUCACUACAAUAUACAAGGACUACAAUUGUACCAUAGAAUUUGUGUGGUCUGCAUUUCUAGUUAGCUAUGGUGCGGUAUCUAAAUCAAAACAGGAGACUCUAAGAUUGGACUCGAUUGAUGAGCAAGCAGCAUCCGCAUACCAUGAUGCUGAUGUUCUUGUUUUUGACUCAUGGCACUGGUGGGUUCCUGGGAAGACCAGUAACGGAAUUAACUUUUUUCGAGAAGGCAAUAACUUGUAUCCAAAGCUGGAUAUAGACAAAGCAUACAGAAAAGCCCUUGAUACUUGGAGGAAAUGGGUUGACAAGCACAUUGAUUCUAACAAAACCCAAGUUGUUUUCAGAGGAUUUUCACCAACUCAUUUCAUAGGAGGGACAUGGAACACAGGUGGAGGAUGCAACUUAGCAACAAAGCCAAUUCCAAGCAAUGCAACAUAUAUAAAACCGGCACCAAUACAAAUGAAAAUUCUCGAAAACACUCUUCAGAAAAUGAAGACUCCUGUUCUGUAUCUGAACAUUAGUAAGCUUUCAUAUUAUCGAGCUGACGCACACCCUUCCGUAUAUCGUAAUAUCUACAAAAAUUAUACUGUUCAAGAGAGAAAUAAAGCUCCUCAGGAUUGCAGUCAUUGGUGCUUACCAGGUGUACCUGAUACAUGGAAUGAGCUGUUGUAUGCUGCUCUUCUGAGAGAUGGCAAAGGAAAAUUUGGCAAAUUGUAAGAAACCUGAAAAUUGUAAUCCAUCAAAUUGAAUCUAAGAGAUAGGAAUAUAGCAAGAAACAUUAAGGUAGAAUCCACAUUUAUAUGUUAACGAGGUUAAUCACCAGCAGAAAUCCUUGCCAUGGUUACAGGUCUUACAAAAGGGUCAAAAGAGUCGUAAAAGCAAAACUAGCAUGUCUAAAUAAGCUGGUUGCAGACAGUGAAAAUGUGGUUACAUUUUUUUAGUCCUUGUAAUAGUCAAUAUUUGCACAUGAAUCUCUGGCUGGCUUCUUAUAAUUCCUAUCUCGAUUAUUAAUGCUGACUUUCACCAUCCGACUCCACCACGAUUAAUGAGAAAAGAAAAAGAAAAAGAGGUAUUAUGAGCUUGA